AUGAUUAAAUUUAAAAUAAGGCUUCUAAUAGCCUUUGUCGCCAUAUGCGUUGGCUGCAGCGCCGCUGUACUCUCAUCAGCCCAACUGCCCGUCGAAGCACGAGGUGGCGAUGGUGAUAGUUUCGAAGAAGAUGAUGACCCCGUUAUUUCGACCAGCUAUGUACUGCCAAAUCAAAUUUUCAAUGAUGGAAAACCUUACUACGCUGCCAAAGAUCCUAUUUCCGGUCAAUUAGAUUUCAAUGUUAAAAAGCCAGCUGGUAUUGAGACUUCAGCAAAUGAAGUCGUUGAUCCGAAUGAGAAGACAGUCAUAACUUCUUCAUCGCCGAAUAUUCAUGAUUUUCUUAAUCUCCCGGUUAAAUAUUCAUCAUCGAAAUUUGUCUAUCCUCUGGUUUCAAGUUCUUAUGCGAAUUUGAAAUAUCAGGGAAGUAAUAAAAAUUAUAUCACCAAUAAGAAGCCGACGCAAGUGGUGCAGGCGACGCUGGCACCAAAUUAUCAUACGGCCAAUUAUUUUACAUUGCCCACAACUAAAUUGACACCGGUGCCACCAACACAGCCCAGCAGUUCGACAAGUAGUAGUACAACAACGACAACUACAAGUACUACUAGUACCACUAAGAAGCCCACCACAACUUCUACGUCGACUUCAACAUCAACAACCUCUACUUCGACCAGUACCACAACUUCCACAACAUCGACAUCUACAUCGACCACCACCACCACAAAAGCUCCAGUUCCAACCCAAACCACAUUGGCCACAUCAUCUGCCAAAUAUACCACAUCGAGUAAGCGACCAACUACAACAACUACCCCGGUACCCAAGACCACCACAACCCGUAAGAAGUUUGUGCCCACCAAGAAAUAUAGCCCUUCGACGACUGGAUCUACCAGCACCACCGCCAUGCGUUUCCCCGAUCAACAGCAAUUCAAUGUGACAACCAAACCCACCAAACCAACAACAACUGCCGUGCUCACCACACGCCAUCCCACACCAUCUGCUGCCAUUUUCCCCACUGAAGCCACAGAAAGCAAGGACUGGUAUCCCGCUCCACCCAGUACAAGUACCACCGGCCAACCUGUUGUUUUCACCGAAGAUCCUACAUCACCACCCGCAUUCAGUCCUCUGCCUACUAGCACCCGCAUACCCGAACUCGAUCCCGCUGAUGUUUAUCACACUUUGGAUCAAAAGAAUGUGGAAAAUAAAUUCGAACAAAAACCCAGCAUGACAUUGGCCGAUAUUUUCAAUAGCUUGGCUGAGGAAGAAUCCGCCGUGGCUGCCGUAAGCAAUCCUUCGCAUCAGGGACUAGAUGCCCAAGGCAAUUUAAUGGAACCCUUAGAUCCCUCGAAACCAUCACCAUUUGCCAUGCAACAGAAUUCGGCACGUAGACCUCAGGCUCCACCCACAAAGCCAACCUUCAGCGCCACCAGUAACACCCCAUCCUCGCUCAAUGGUCAGGUGAUUUCCGGCAAUCAAGAGAACUUCAACAACGAAUAUGUUUCGUAUCAAGUUCAACAACCCAAUAUAAUGCAAUAUCGUCCCGCACCAGGAGCCAUAAAUAAUGUGGUCAUUUCGCCUGGACAAAAUUCUGCCUCCUUUGUUUUGGGUAGUCAACAGCAAGUGGGCGCCAAUUCAUUUGGCAGCGUUGAAAAGGAACCACUAUUCUCCAAGGAACAUCCCGUCCAAUAUGGUACCGUUAUCAAUGAGGACAUUAGCACCUUGAAUCGCCAGCCACCUCCCAGCCCACCAACACCUUAUCAGGAAAUGCCCAAACCCGUUCCCACUUCGAAUUUCCAUCAAAAUGGUAACUAUGGCACGGAUGCAGUGAGACCUGAUAUUCCCAGACCUUCGGGUAAUAAUGUGUACCAAGAAGCCCCACCAGCUGCUCCCUCACCAUAUCAACAGUUGCCAUUGAUUGGUUCAAAUAUUCGAAAUAAAAAUCCCGCUCAAAAACCCCAGCCACCUCAACAGCAACAACAACAAUCUCCAGUAGCCAUGCAAGGAGCCGGCGUUGGAUCUGUCCAAUCGGUUGACCCUCAAGAGAAUGCUGAUCCCAAUUCGAUCACCUUGGGUUCAAAUCAAAAUACCAAAGAAUUAUUAGUAUCCACAAAUAUUCGUUUCCCCGCCAAUGAAGAACAAUCGGCUGAGGUACCCUCGCUACCCGUUUCGAAUGGACCACCAGCUGGACCCCAAGUUAAUGGUCACGCCCAACCCUUGAGUCUGCAGCAAAUACAAAAUAGCAAUACUGUUGUUUUCCCCAAAUCCGAAGAGACCGUUAGUGGUACGGUGGUAAGUGCUGAUCCCGCAGCUGUACAAAUCCAAAAACAUGAAGUUCUAACUAUGAGUCAACAUCAACAGAAAUUGAAUUUCCCGACAUCGAAUGAACCCAAUACUCCCGCGACCCACAUGGUACCGCCUCCACGAUUCCCACCACCACUACCCAACAGCAUUAACGAACAUGAAUUGCAAAAACCAAACCGGCCUCAUGGUGGUCCACAAUAUCCCUUCAAUGAAUAUACCCGUAAACCCAUACCCGGUAUUACUCGCCCCAAUCCCGACCGUCAUUUACCCAAUAUUUUACCACAAUUCCGACCAAGUUCGAAGGUAUCCACUGGCCAUCCUCAACAGACUAAUUUCAAUCAGGAACCCGGCAACAUCUUGGUAGGUGGACCUCAACCUCCUCACCUGAAACGUGGUCCCAAUGUAGGAGGAAAUCCACAAUUUUCACAUCGUCGCCAGCCUUUGGGUGGUCAACCUAACCGUUAUCCCUUGAAUCGUAAUGUGGAUUAUGCCUCAGUUGGACCACCACCACCCCAAUUAGCUCCGCAUGAAAUUGCCAACAGACGUAUUUAUCGUGUCUCACCUUACGGCGGACAAGGUAUGCAAUAUUUGGAACGUCCUGGUGCAUACCCACCACUACGUAGACCCCAUAUGCCACCACAUGGCUUGAGACCAGCUGAAUCGUUGAAUGUGGAGAGACAUGUUAUGUCUCCAGUUUUGGAGAAAUUGCCCGCUUUCGAAGAAGAAGAUUUGGUUAUCAACGAUCCACCACAACCCAUUGCUCCCAGCAAAGAGUCGUCCCUGGUCAAUGAUGCUAAAUUGGAACCUGUUGUCACCUUACAAAUGUUGCAAUCCCAAAAGAAGGCUGUCUCUUUGCCAAAUGACGAUACCGGUGCCGGUGAAAUUCAGGUACCCAGUUUAGAUGAAGCGGAAGAGGAAAUUAACCAAGCUGCAGAAUCGAAUAAUCGCAAUGGUCUGUAUGUGGUUUACCCCUUGGCAGGAGAUAAGAAAUCGGGUGAUAAAGUUUCGGAUGAUUUGAAAAAUAAAUUACCCGCCGUGGCUCAUGUUGAACCCCCCACCGGUAGUGAAUACCAAAAUACACCCUUCUCCGUGGUCCGCGAUGAACCACAGGAACCAAUUCUGAAAAAUAAGAAACCCGUUUCCCUGCAACAACAACAAAAGGCUCAAGCUGCCAAAGACACCUUCCCAUAUCCAAUUGAAAAACCCGAUCCCUCAUACAGUGAACUGAAUAAGCCAGCUAAGGUACCCGGUGUCCUGAUUGCACCCAAAAUCAUUAAUGGAGCCUAUGGUACGGGUACCGUGGCACCCAUUGCCAUUGCCUACACCCCCACUGAACCCACACCCCAUCAGGAACAGCAAAUGUACUCAAAUGUGAAUUUGGCCACACCGGUCAUUAAGGAAAUUCGUCAAUUCGAUGAUGAGGCUGCCGAUAGGGGACAUGAUGUCGAUUUGCGGGGUCAGAAUUAUGAAAAGAAUUUCAUGGCUCCCUUCUAUCCCAGUGUUAGUUUGGACUCAGUGACCAGUACCCCAUCGAAUGGUUGGAAUAUUUUACAAUCGACCACCAAGGAACCUUUGUACAGCAAGAAUAAUAUCGAUCGUUCGGAUGUGAACUCAGGUGAUUCCAAUAACAAUAAGGAAGGAGGACAGGAGGAUGAGGCCGCUGAGAGCACUACUUUGAAAUCUUUUGAAAUGGAUAAAUUCCAACCGGAGUUACAGGGAGGUUUCAAACCCAUCUAUCCACCUGGUUACAAAUUGGCAAAUGAAGAUGAGGAGCAGGAACAAUUGCAGAAACAUGAAAGCAAUAAUAUACCCUUGGCAUUGGCCAGUCGCAUGGAAUUGCCACUGCAUUUACAGCAAGCCCUUCCGUCGUCAUCCAGCUCGACUUCUUCCACAACCUCUACCACAACUGUUAAACCUUUGUUAGACGAAAAUAAAGAAGUCGACAGUAGUAGUACCAGUACCACCAAGGCCCCCGAAACCACCACCAAACGUAUUAAAUCGAAAUUCGAAACCAGUUUGGCAGCAUUGUUGUUCGGUGACGAUGACACCGAUGACGAAGUGAAUGCCCAAGCCGAGGUGCCACGAGAAGAACCGCAGGCCCGCAAAGAACCAACCAAAGCCAUGAUGAGUGGACCAAGAAGUAUACCACGCAUGGGACCACGUAGUUUGAAAAUUUAAAUUA